AUGCUAUCGGUUUUGGGUAGGUCCUUAUCGUCGAGACAGCCGGUUCUAGUGGUCGCCAGCCAAAACUAUAGCAGUAUUUCGGUUCUAACCCCGGAAAACGCGCAUCCAGAGCCACGAGUGAGCUCACAGGGGGCUCAAUUUAGAAAGGGAAAUGGUGGAAGAGCCUCCUUCUCCGGAAACGUGGUUACCGUAUUCGGCGCUUCGGGCUUCCUCGGCCUCCCCGUCGUCAAUAAAUUCGCGAAAAACGGAUCGCAAAUCAUUAUUCCAUAUCGACAGGAUCCGUAUUAUAUGAGAGAGCACAAAGUGUUGGGAGAACUCGGACAGGUCCUCUAUUUUCCGUUUGAGCUCAAGGAUGAGGAGAGCAUUCGCAAGGUCGUCAAGUACUCGAACGUCGUUGUCAACUUGAUUGGAACACGUGUCCCAACUGGAAACUACAACUACUACGAUGUCCACGACACUGGAGCCCGCCGCCUCGCAAAAAUCUGCAAAGAGAUGGGCGUCGAGAAGUUCGUCCAUUUAUCGGCUCUCGGAGCCACCGUGGACCCGCCAAAAGGACAUUUCGUCGCGAAAUCCGAAUUCCUGCGUUCAAAGGCUCUGGGAGAGAUUGCGGUGCGCGAGGAGUUCCCCGAGGCGACAAUCAUUCGUCCAUCGGUGAUUUAUGGUGAACUCGAUGGUUUCAUUCAGUACUAUGUGUCGAGAUGGCGAAAAACCCCACUGGAUCAUGUUUAUUUGUACAAGAAGGGAGAGCAGACGUAUAAGAUGCCGAUUUGGGUUGGCGACGUUGCUCAAGGAAUCGACCGUGUCGUCAACGAUCCCACGGCCAAGGGACACACUUAUGAAUUCGUCGGACCACACUGCUAUCAACUGUCUGAGCUCAUCGAUUUCAUGUACAAAAAGGCGCAUUGUCUGCCAGAUUUUGGAUUUAGAUACAAGCGUCACGGCCUCCCGGACCCAUACUUUAUGGCGCUGACGUUGGCAACUGAGUUGUACGGAAAAGUGUUCAAGUGCAAAGUUCCAUUGAACAGAGAAUGGAUGGAGUACAUUGAAGUCCAAAACGAUGUGCUGACUGGCGAACGAACCCUGGCCGACCUCGGCGUCCGCCGAUUGACAGAAUUCGAGUUGGCCGGCGGUCAACAGGCAUUCUAUCGAUCGUUCAAUCGAUAUUUCGAAGAGCAAUACGGAGAACUUCCAGCGCCACCACUUCCACUCAGAUCACCACCACUCACCAAGAAGACGGUUGGAAGCGGAAUCAAAUCGGGAACGAGCAAAACUGUGGCUUUUAACUAA